AUGGAGUUGUGGAAUAUGGUUGAAGACGGCUAUGAGGAACCUGAAAAUGAACUUGCACUCACUCAAGCACAAAGAAAUGCAUUGAAGGAAAAUCAAAAGAAUGAUAGUAAGGCCCUUUUCCACAUCUAUCAAACAAUUGAGAUGUCAGUGUAUGAGAGAAUUUCCAAAGCUGAAAAUGCAAAGGAAGCAUGGGAAAAAAUUCAGACGACCUAUCAAGGCAAACAAAGUGUGAAGAAGGUUCGACUCCAAAAUUUGAGGAGAGAAUUUGAGAAGUUGGAGAUGCAAGAAAGUGAAAGCAUUGAAAAGUAUUUCACAAAGGUUACAACAAUUGUUAACCUAAUGUCGUCAAAUGGAGAGAUUUUGGAAGAUGCAAGAAUUGUUGAAAAAGUCCUUCGUAGUUUACCACCGAAAUUUGAUUAUGUUGUGGCUACCAUUGAAGAGUUAAAUGAUAUUUCUGCUCUUUCCAUAGAAGAUUUGCAAGGAAAAUUGGAGGCCCAUGAAAUCAAAAUAAAUUUGAGGAAUCCUCCUCCCACACAAGCGGAACAAGCUCUAAAGACUCAAGUUACAACUACGGGAGGCAAUUGA